ACCUUCUAAGUACAUUUUUUGACCAAACAAGUAAUAUGGAGGGCAAAACUGUGAUUUUAAGUUUGCUCAUAAUGAGUCUUCUCAUGGCGCAGAAUCAAGUCAAAGCAAAGGUUUGUUGCAUGAGCAAGGCUGGCGUGGAAAAUUAUAUACAAUGCCAUCGUGUUUUGCCAAAUUGUGAAGAAAUGACUAGAUGCCGCACCUUUCGUAAGACAAAUCCAUGUAAAUUUCCAUAUCCAGCUGAGGUUCCUGAAAAGUCUGGUGAUGCUGUCAAUGAAUACUGCAAGUUGGGGUGUGCAUCCUCUGUGUGCGGUGCUUUAACCACUCUCAAGAACUCCGAAGAAAGUGAAAUUGUGGAUGGAGCGGUUGUACAAUGCACCAACGCAUGUGCUAAUUUAUGCACCAAGGGCUCGGCUGAUGCAGUUGAAACUGCUUAAGAAAUAUAUCCAGGAUCUAUGUAUUAUUUUAUGUGUUGUUUGUUGGUGUAUGUGAAAAAUUGCUAGACUCUUGUGCUAUUUCCUGAUUUCUAUGUUGCGCAGAAGGUCAUCGACCCCUUCUAAUA